UUUUUGGCACAACUCCGAAUCCUCUCUUCUUCUUCUACUCCAAUACUCCGGUCGACUUGUUUGUUGGUGUAAAAAGCAAUUGGUUUGCUAUUUGCAAUCACGUACCUUCCUUCAUUUCCUUGGAUUUGCAAAGAAGAAAACAUGGCUGAGGUUGCAGGAAUACUUGUCUCUCCCUUUCUCCAAGUCUUUUUUGAACGAAUGGCAGCUGGCGAGUUCGUUGGCUUCUUUCAGGGACGAAAACUCAACGAGGGACUCCUACAAAAGUUGAAGAUAUCAUUGCUGUCCGUGAAUGCACUGCUUGAAGAUGCGGAGGAAAAACAACUUACAAAGCCUGCGGUGAAAGCGUGGCUCAAUGAGUUGAAAGAUGCUAUCUGUGAUGCAGAAGACGUCUUGGACGAGAUAGUCACUGAAGCCUUGCAACGUAAGUUGGAUGCUGAAUUUCAAACCACUGCAAGUAAGCUACUAAACCCUAUCUCUACUUUUCUUAGUCGUUUUGUCAAGGAGAUAGAGCCAAAGAUUAAAUAUCUACUUGACAAACUAGAAUAUCUAGCAAAACAAAAGGAUGUUCUAGGUUUGAAAGAAGGUGUUGGAGGAGAAUCGUUAAAAAGAUUGCCCACGACUUCUUUGGUUGAAGAAUCUGAUAUUUUUGGUAGAGAUGAUGAUAAGGAAAAAAUAAUAAGCUUCUUGAUCUCACAUGAUGCAACUAGCAAUGAAAAUCUGUGUGUGAUUCCUAUAGUUGGCAUGGGGGGAAUUGGCAAGACCACUCUUGCUAAGCUUGUAUACAAGGACAAGAGGGUGAAGGAGCAUUUUGACCUUCAAGCAUGGGUAUGUGUUUCGGAUGAGUUUGACGUGUUAAGGGUAACUAAAACAAUUAUAGAGGAAGUAGGUCUGUCUACUAAUGCUGAUAAAAAUCUAAAUCUACUUCAAGUUGCACUACAAGAGAAAUUGAUGGGGAAGAAAUUCCUACUUGUUUUAGAUGAUGUAUGGAAUGAGGAUAAAGCUAAAUGGGAAGUCUUAAGCAAUCCAUUAAAAUCCGGGGUACAAGGAAGUAUGGUCAUUGUAACAACACGCAAUGAAGAUGUUGCAUCAAUCGUGCGCAGUGUUCCAACUCAUCAACUAAAGAAGUUAGGAGAAGAAAAUUGUUGGUCACUAUUUGCAAAACAUGCAUUCCAUGAUUAUAACUCUAAUGAAUGUCCGGAGCUAGAAGUAAUAGGUAGACAAAUUGUGAAAAAGUGUGAAGGCCUACCUUUAGCAGCCAAGACAAUUGGCGGUCUCUUGCAAUUUAAACUAGAUGUUGAUGAAUGGAAGAGGAUAUUGAAGAGCGAAUUAUGGGAUUCGCCAAUUGACGAGACAAAUAUUCUUCCAGCUUUAAAUUUAAGUUACAAAUAUCUUCCCUCGCAUUUAAAGCAAUGCUUUGCUUAUUGUUCAAUAUUUCCUAAAGAUCACGUUUUCGAAAAAGAUCAAGUAGUCUUAUUAUGGAUGGCAGAAGGUUUCUUAAAAGAAACUAGAAACAAAAGAAUGGAAGAGGUUGGUGGAGAUUACUUCCUUGCUUUGGCGUCAAGAUCGUUGUUGGAACAAUCAAGUGACAAUAAAUCAGGUUUUGUAAUGCAUGAUCUUGUCAACGACUUGGCAAAAUUUGUGUCUGGGCAGUUUACCAAUAGAUUGGAGGUUGACCAUGCUCAUGAAAUUGUGAACAAGACUCGCCAUUUCUCAUAUUUCAGAAGGGGACAUGAUAACUUUAAGAAGUUUGAGUCUCUUUACGAGGCUACUCGAUUGCACACAUUCUUGCCAUUGGAGUUGUCACCAGACCAUAGUUACUUCUUCUUAACUAAACGAGUACCAUUUGAUUUAUUGCCAAAGCUAAGAUGCUUGCGGGUGCUUUCUCUAUCUCACUAUCAAAAUAUCACUGAGUUGCCCGAAUCAAUUGGCAAAAUCAAGCAUCUACGUUAUUUGAACCUUUCUUCCACUGCAAUUAAAUGGCUGCCUGAUUCCAUAUGUAAGUUGUACAAUUUGCAAACAUUGAAUUUAUCAGGUUGUAAAGAUCUUUCUGUAUUGCCAAGAGAGAUGCGAAAACUCAGUGACUUACGUCAUCUUGAUAUCAGCGGAACUGCCAUAAAAGAGAUGCCAAUGCAGCUGGGUAGACUAAAACGUCUACAAACAUUAACUAAAUUUAUCGUUAGCAAACAUAGUGGGGCUUCCAUUGAAGAGUUGGGGAAUCUUGCAAAUCUUCGAGGAAAGCUUUCUAUUUUAAAGCUUCAAAACGUUGUAUCUCCUACGGAUGCUCUGAAAGCAUGCUUAAAAGAUAGGAAGUACCUUGAGGAGUUGGUGUUGGAAUGGAAUGCAUUGGAUGCUAAUAUUUUAGAAUGUCAAAGAUCUAUACUUGACAAUCUCCAGCCCCAUAGUAACUUGAAAAGUCUCACUAUCAACAAUUAUGGCGCUGAAAGUCUUCCAGAUUGGGUUGGGCAUCAUUCAUUUUCGAAAAUAGCAUUUCUUCGCCUAAAAAACUGUAAACAUUGUCGCAACUUGCCACCACUUGGGCAACUACACUCUCUCCAGUACCUCUCUGUUGUUGGGUUUGAAGGAGUUGUUAAAGUGGAUCGUGAGUUUUAUGGCAGCGAUUCUUCAUCAGUUAAGCCAUUUGGAGCCUUGAAAGUUCUAAAGUUCAAGCAAAUGUUGAAGUGGGAGGAAUGGUCUUCUUUUGGUAUUGAAAUCGAAGGUGGAGCUUUUUCUCAACUUGAAGAGCUUUAUAUUGGUUUCUGCCCCAAGCUUACAGGAGGGUUGCCUGUCCAUCUUCCUUCUUUAGCCAAACUUGGGAUUCAUAAAUGUCCGCAGCUAGUGGCUUCACUCCCAAGGGCUCCUGUUGUUCACAAAUUGCAGCUAAGACAUUGUAAUGAGGUUCUGUUAAAGGAAUUGCCAAUUGGAUUGCGGAAGCUCAAUAUUGAAGGAUUUGACGCACUAGAGUCCCUUCUCGAGGAAAUAGUGCACUCCAAUAGCAGUCUUCAAGAGUUAACAAUCUCAAAUUGUAUGAAGUUAGAGCUCCCAACACACCUUGACUUUUCAUCCCUUGAAAGAUUGUCGUUGGAAAUUUGUGAUUCCCUCGAGUCAUUUCCAUUAGACUUAUUCCCAAAGCUUUAUUAUAUCAAUAUCUCUGAGUGUAAGAAUCUGGAAUCUUUUACAGUUUCAGAACAACAUGGACGUGAUUCAGUGACCUUGCAUAUUACCAUCACCCAUUGUCCUAAUUUUGUAUCUUUUCCAGAAGGAGGAAUUUGUGCCCCCGACCUUACAUACUUUUGUGUCUGCAGUUGUGCAAGUCUGAGGUCACUACCAAAGAAGAUGCAUAUGCUCCUCCCUUCUUGUAAAACUUUUACUGUAAUUAAUUGUCCACAAGUUGAAUUGUUGCCCGAAGGGGGCUUUCCUUCCAAUUUGAAAGCACUUUAUGUCGAGAAUUGUGAAAAACUCAUUGCCGGUCGGAUGGGAUGGGGUUUACAAACACUCCUGUCUGUUAGAUAUUUGUAUUUAUGUGGCAAAUAUGAAGAUGUUGAGUCUUUUCCAGAGCCAGGGUUGCUGCCUUCCUGUCUGAUCGGGCUUACUAUCACUGGAUUUUCAAAUAUGAAAUCUUUGGACAAGAAAGGGCUUCAACACCUCACCUCUCUUCAAGAAUUGUGGGUCAUCAACUGCCCUAAGCUGAAGUGCAUUCCAAAAGAGGGGUUGUCUGCAUCCCUUUCUGUUAUACGGAUCGAUUAUUGCCCUUUGUUGAAGAAACGGUGGCAAAGCAAGAAAGAAAAAGAACGGCGAAAGAUUCCUGAUGUCGAUCACAUAUUGAUUGAUUAUGAAGAAUAUAUUGGAUGAGCUAAAAGCCUUGCAAGAGUCCAAUUUUCUGUUAUAAUACUUGCACAUCAGUUAGAAUUAAGAGGUUUGGAGAGCUUGGGUGACAAUUGCAAGGAAAAAUAGAGUCUACUCUUGUGAGGCAUGAAUGCUGGAAGGAACUGAAAAUUUGGUGAUACCUUGUUGGACUUAUGGCGUGGUACAAAAUCGAGAUCAUGCAUGGGAAUUUUGCUCCUUUUUUUUUUCUUUUUUUGGUCUGCAGCACAGGCUUUGAAUUGUCAAUUUGUAUCUUUUCUCUUAAAAGCUGGUAUGUAGGAAAAGUAGGGACCUUUUGAGGUUCAAGUGCGUCUCCAAGAUGAGCACCGACAGCAGCUUCUCUAUGAUUUUCUACGCAUCGACCAGAGGCAACGAGGCAUCUCAGCCCUCCUUGUUCAAUAGUGUUUCUAGUACAAGUGUAAUGAUAGUGGGAAUAUAAUGCUUCUUUUUCAAGAGUUUACCUGCAAAGACUGCUGUCAUAAUGGCUUUGUAUGAUGGAGUCAUUUGUGUUAACUAACUCCUAUUUAACAGGUUCCCAAGGAUGUUAGAUAUCUUCAUCUACAGCUCAAAUACCAGAAAAUGGAUGGCGCUGAUCAGGACCCACUAAUUGUCAUGUUGUCCCCAAGUUUUAAGUUGGUGAGCUUUCAACAUCCAAACUUUAACAAGAAAAUGGAAAACUUUGCUUGAAGCUUGUGAAGAUCAUGAGGGAUUUU